AAGGUUUUAAAGUUAAUGAUGAAAGUGUGUCAGUGUCUGUUUGUGGAAACUGUAAUUGUCUUCACCUAUAUGAGGAAACUUCCUCUUUGCAUUGUGAAACUUUGAGAUAUUUGCUGAUGUUCGAGUCCAGUUUAUCAGAGUGAAGACGCUACAUGAGACUCAGAACACAGACUGACAGAACUCCACACACUCAUUUCACAAUCUGAAGCAGCAUUCACACUCUUCUGCUGGGAUUUGACUCUUCUGGAAACUGGACGUCAGAGAAAUGCUGUUCAUCUUUGGACUGCUGCUGCUGCUGAUACCAACUGAUACAUGUGUGGACAUGUUCUGCAGAUUUAAUCAGACAGAUCCCUGUUAUGCAUCUCUGGGACACAAACUCUAUCUGCAGAUGGUGCUGGACACUCGAGAUCAAGAUCUGGCAUUAAAAAAGUUAAUGGGCUAUGAAAAACAUGGACUGUUUUCAGUGAAGAAGAACAUAAUAUUGGAAGGGCAUCAUUAUGAAUCCAUUAGAUUUGUGUUUAUCUUAAAUAAUGGGACUCUGAUUAUAAACAGUAUGAACAGUGCAGAUUCAGGGACAUACAUAUUAGAGCUCUACGAUUCAACUGGCAUAGAAACAUAUACAGUAAAUCUUCAAGUGAUUGUUGAAGCUCCUAUUGGCUCAGUGGAAGUGUCAGUCAAUUGCUCGUCCAGUGGGGAGAAGCGAGUGUCCUGCUCCUCUGAGGGGGAUCAGCUCAUCUUCAGCUGGACUCUGAAUGGACAAAAACUGGAGGAUGGAAAUAACAUCAUUCAUCUGGAUGAGGAAACUUCUGGAAACGUCACCUGCACUGUGAACAACCGCGUCAGUCAUGGACAGAACACCACUAGUGUAAACCGAUGUCCUGUUGAGCGUUCAGUGUCUGUGGUGUUUGUGGUGGUGUGGAGUUUGGAGAUGAUGCUUCUGUUGACUCUGUUAGGAGGUUUUCACAUCUACAUCACAUACUGCAGCUCACACGCAUCAGGAAGGAAACAGGAAGAGGAAAUCGCUCUAUAGGUCAGUACUGAGAAUGACAAUAUUUAGACGAUGACAUCAAUGCACAACAGAAGAUUCAUGAGAGCAGCAGCAGAUUUCAUCACAGAUAUGAGAAAUUAUUUCAUGUGAUAUAGAACAUCACAUGUGAGAAAUAAUUGAAACACCACAGAUUUUGUGCAGUCUUAGUUUUGAAAAUGUCUUUUGAUUAUAGGCUCAUAUUAGUUUAUUUUUGAGUUGAACGAACAAGCUGUGUUUUAUUGUAUUAUAUGCAACUGCUUCUCUUCAGUCAUGAUAACAUGAUUUCUUCUGAAUCAAAUGUGGCAAUAUCGUGAAGUUGAGUUUAUUUUUCACAUUUAUCUUUUAACAAUAAAUAUAUCACAUAUAAGUCUAGUCUUAAGCUUUAUUGCAUAUCAGUCUUGGUCUUAUGCUUUAGUCUAUCUGUUGGUUCAUGUUUGUAAAUGAUUUGUCUUCAUUUAUAGUUUGGAUAUUUUAUCUGUGUAGACUGCUCUUGUUCUGAAGGGUCUGGUGUUUUAUUGUCUGCACUCUGUGGUUUUAAACUUCUGUAAUGUUUGCAGUUUUUUAGAUGACUUGUCACAUUUGAGCCUUUCUUCUUAAUAAUCUCUUCUUCAAAGAUGAACUUUGAUUUUUGUUUUAAAUGAAAAUAAAACGAUUCGUGAAUUUGUCA